GCAAUAUGCCUCCGCGGCCCUCUGGCUCUCGGCCAUGGCGAGACUCUGCCGGCGCGUCCCUUGCACCCUGCUUCUCGGCCUGGCUGCGGUGCUGCUAAAGGCACAGCUGGUCCCGGCGGCCGCCAGAGCCGAACUCAGCCGCUCGGACCUCAGCCUCAUUCAACAACAGCAGCAGCAGCAGCAGCAGCAAAAGCAGCGAGAGGAGGCGGAGGAGGAGAGGCCAGAGGUGCCUGGGGCAUCUUCUACCUUGACCAUUCCAGUGUCUGUAUUUAUGCUGAAAGUUCAGGUGAAUGACAUCAUCAGUCGUCAAUACCUGAGUCAAGCAGUUGUUGAAGUAUUUGUAAACUACACGAAGACAAAUUCCACAGUAACUAAAAACAAUGGAGCAGUGUUGAUAAAAGUACCCUAUAAAUUAGGCCUCAGCUUAACCAUUAUUGCUUACAAAGAUGGCUACGUGUUGACUGCUUUGCCUUGGAAGACUGGAAGAAUGCCAAUUUAUUCAUCAAUUACACUUUCACUGUUCCCACAAAGCCAAGCAAAUAUAUGGCUAUUUGAAGACACUGUUUUGAUUACUGGAAAAUUAGCUGAUGCCAAAUCUCAACCAAGUGUUCAGUUUUCAAAAGCCUUAAUUAAGCUUCCUGACAACCAUCAUAUUAGCAAUGUUACCGGCUUUCUUACAGUUCUACAACAAUUUUUGAAAGUGGACAAUUUUCUGUAUACCACUGGAAUUACUCUCAAUAAACCAGGUUUUGAAAAUAUUGAACUGACUCCUCUUGCUGCAGUAUGUGUGAAAAUAUAUUCUGGAGGAAAAGAAUUAAAGGUGGAUGGCUCCAUUCAAGUUUCUCUUCCCCUUUUACAUACAAAUGAUAUAAAUGUGGGGGAUCGCAUACCUGCUUGGACAUUUGAUAUGAACACAGGUGCUUGGGUAAACCAUGGCCGGGGAAUGGUCAAAGAAUAUAACAAUCACUUAAUUUGGACUUAUGAUGCACCACAUUUGGGCUACUGGAUAGCAGCUCCACUUCCAGGAACUAGAGGUUCAGGUCUGAAUGAGGAUUCCAAGGAUAUAAUUGCCUAUCACACAGUGUUUCUUACAGCCAUAUUAGGAGGAACAAUAGUUAUUGUCAUUGGAUUUUUUGCUGUUCUACUUUGUUAUUGCAGGGAUAAGUGUGUUACUCCACAGAAAAGAGAAAGAAAUGUCACUAAACUGGAGGUCCUCAAAAGAGAUCAGACAACUUCAACAACACACAUAAAUCAUAUAAGUUCAGUUAAAGUUGCUUUAAAAGCUGAGGACAAGUCACAGUUAUACAAUGCCAAAAACUCCUCCUACAGCCCUCAGAAAAAAGAACCAUCAAAGGCAGAAGCAGAUGAAAGAGUUUCCAUGGUAAAAACCCGGGACAACUUCAAAAUCUACAAUGAAGAUGUUUCAUUUCUAUCAGUCAAUCAAAAUAAUUACUCAAGAAAUCCAGCACAGUCUUUGGAGCCCAAUGUUGGGACCAAACAAUCAAAACAUAUCAGCAACAAUCUAUCUUCAUCUUUAGGUGAUGCUCAAGAGGAAAAGAGGUAUCUCACAGGUGAUGAGGAGGGGUAUGGGCGUUCCCACAUUCCUGAGCAGCUUAUGCAUAUCUAUAGCCAGCCCAUUGCCAUCCUUCAAACAUCUGAUCUUUUCCCCACUUCAGAGCAGUUACAUGCUGCUAAGUCAGCCACUUUGCCAAGAAAGGGCCAGUUAGUUUAUGGCCAACUGAUGGAACCAGUAAACAGAGAGAACUUUACGCAGACAUUGCCCAAAAUGCCAAUGCAUUCCCAUACACAGACCCCAGAUGCCAGGGAAGAGGAUAUCGUCCUUGAAGGUCAACAGAGCUUGCCUUCUCAGACCUCGGAUUGGAGUCGCUAUUCCAACAGCUUGCUGGAAUCUGUCUCUGUUCCUGGAACACUGAAUGAAGCUGUUGUAAUGACUCCAUUUUCAUCGGAACUUCAAGGGAUUUCAGAACAGACCCUCCUGGAACUGUCCAAAGGAAAGCCCUCCCCCCAUCCCCGAGCAUGGUUUGUGUCUCUUGAUGGAAAGCCAGUAGCACAAGUGAGGCACUCCUUUAUAGACCUGAAAAAGGGCAAGAGAACCCAGAGCAAUGAUACGAGUCUAGACUCUGGGGUGGACAUGAAUGAGCAUCACUCGAGUAGAAAGCUUGAGAGGGAGAAAACAUUCAUCAAAAGCAUGCAUCAGCCCAAGAUCCUGUACUUAGAAGAUUUAGACCUGAGCAGCAGCGAGAGUGGCACCACCGUCUGCUCCCCAGAAGACCCAGCUUUAAGGCACAUCUUAGAUGGAGGGAGUGGGGUUAUUAUGGAGCACCCUGGGGAAGAAUCUCCAGGAAGAAAAAGCACUGUUGAAGAUUUUGAAGCCAAUAUAUCUCCCACUAAAAGACGGGGCAGACCACCACUAGCCAAAAGAGAUAGCAAGACUAACAUCUGGAAGAAGCGAGAGGAGCGCCCCCUAAUUCCCAUCAAUUAGUUCCAAAGGUGGUUGUGUCUCUGCUGUCUUGUGCUGUGCGUUCUUGCUUCUUGUUAUAAACUGCAGUAUGAACUUCUUAAGAAGUUGAGACUGAGUGACCUCUUCUUGGCCCUGGACAUGCCCUGAGCAGAGUAAAUAGUAAAAUGGUAAUUCAGUAAUCGGAGGGAAUGAUGUUGAGGAAUGCCUUUUCUGGCCUAUUCUUUUCUGUAAUUUUUGAGUGAUGAAUUUAAAGUAUCCAAGCUUUCAAGGUGUAAAAUAGCAUCAAGAUAUUAGUAUCUGAAAAUGUUAGCCAAUUUGGUACUGACUCUUAAGAAUAACAUAGUAAAAUGUGUACUUCUAAAGCUGUUCCCCAAAUUGUCACCUCUGCCUUGGUGACUGCCCCAUGGAUCCCUUAGAAAUGAAACUGUCCUCUUCAGGCAUCACCCCUGUAAAAUGUCACUAUGAUGUCCUUCUCUGCCUGCACUCAAAAGCCACCACAUGAACAUUUUCACUGAUGUUAUUGUAGAGACUAGAGAACAUUUUCUUUUUUGAGAUAAAUAGCAUGUAUAUUGUGUCAUCCCCAAAGUAAAUCCUACACUCAUGGAAGAUGGGCAAGAAGCUUCUUGGUCCUUGGAGAGGGGAAGUGCCAACGUUUUGGAUAUAACUUCACAUAAUAAAUCAAAGUUACAUAGAAAUUUGAGAAAUGAAAGCCUGAUAACUGAAUUUGAAUUUUAAGGUUUCUUAUUUUUUCCUUAAAAAUGAAGUAGACUUAGUAGACUUAUUACUUUAGUUUAAGGCUCACUGAUAACAUGGAGGCUCAAAUGAGUUUUAUUUCUUUUAUUCUAAAAAUCCAAACUCAGUCACUUAAGGCUAUAAAACUUGAUUUUAAAAUGAUAUAAUUUUUUUAAAAAAAGUAACAAAGUGUGCAGAGAAAAAUAAUCAUUUUGUGUCAAUGAGCAGAAAAAGAAAUGCCAUUUUCCUGAGGCUAAAAAAAAUAUAUCUUCAGGAUAUUUAUAUGUGUCAAAUGUUGACAUUUUAAAAAGAUGUUUGAGGAAAGCAGUUUCCGUUUCAGGGCAAAUGUAAGCUUUUCCUUAAAUCACUUGUAGUUUUUGCAGCUUUCCCCCCACAGUUUUGGAAGUCUUAUAUCCCUGUCCUUUUCAUCAUAGCAAAGAAUGCAGUGUGAACACGGUUAACAUCUAUUUUUAAUUAUGUGUCUUCAGCUCUGAGGUAUCAUUCAUAAGACGUAAAAAAAAAAAAUAAAGGUCCCAUCCCAUUUUUAAAAAAUUGCAUGAAGACCCAUCUGGUGUUACCUUUUUCUUGGUGGGGGAAAAAUGAAACUAAAUUGCUUUAUUUCAUAUCCUCUACUGUUCAACAUAGAAGCAGCAUACAGACUCAAGCCACUUAAACAAGUCAAGAGUUGAAAUCAGCCACAGGAGCUUUAGUAAAAUUGUAGGUAGAUAUACCAUGAGACACAGCAGCUUUUCCCUCCUGAGUAGACUUCAUCCAAUUAUUCUCCUGGAACCAGUUCUGAAACAUCUACUCUGUCAUAUAACUCCUCCCUUUCUGUGGUAUCCCAAAGAACUUAAAGACCUGAACAUAUGUUUGCUACAUAGUACCCUGAUCCAUAGAAGAGAUGAAUGUGUUGGGUAAUAUGUAGGCUUACUUUUUUUUCUUUUUUUAAAUACCGAUAAGGCUCACAAUUAGAGGAGGCUUUUUAUUGGUCAUAUACAGAACAAUACAGUAAAAGUAGCAUGAAUGAAAUAGAUUUUUGAAAAGGUUAAGGAGUUAAUGCUCUGUGGAAGUGCCUUUGAUACAGACUUGCAUUAUUAGAAGGAUAUAAUAACAUAUUUCUUAAGUGUACAUUUUUUUGUUACCCAAAUUAAAAAGAUGUGCAGUUUUUAUUUAAAAAUAUUAAUCUAGUGUUUCAUGUUGGAACAAUGAAUUUUGCAUGUAAGUCAUAUUUCUUUUGUGUAUUUAAUCCCUUUAAAAAAAUUCAGCAUAUGUUGAUAAAUUAUGUUGGAAUAAAUUAUGUUGGAAUGAAGUUAGAAACAAUAUAGCAAAAUAUUGUACCUCCUCAAUAUAUUGCAUGUAUGUUUUUCCCCACCUUUAAGUAAAAAUGUUUCAUUUCUCAGCUUGGUAGUAAAAUAGAUUUAUUGGUAUAGGUAUACCAUUCAGGUUUGCCACUUAUUUUAUUCAUUCUGUGUAAAGGAAAUGAAACAAUGUAUCCCAAGGGCUUUUCUUGAACUAUUUAUUUGGUUUCAGAACAAACCCCGCCCCCCCUUUUUUUUGGACACUGCACAUACUGUUUUCAAUUGGGAAUUAUAGGCAGUUUAUCUUUUCUAGUGAUCAAAGAAAAAGACUUAUUUGUGAGUACUUUACAAAUUUCCUGUUUAAAAAAGUGGAAGCCAUCUACUUUUUCUUAGCCCAAGUGAUGAUAAACAAUAUUCACUACUUUCUUAAAUUUUUAAAUUAAAAACCAACAGCCUUUUGCAAAUAUAAACCUAGGUAAUUUUGAUUACAAAUUGUUAACAUUUGUGGAUCCUUUGUAUAUACUUUGGAUAUAAGAGGCAAAACUAUCACUCAACUGUUGGAUUCCUUUACUAAAGCACAGCUAUAUGUAUUUUUGAAUACAUAUUAUGAUCUUGAGACUUUAUAAAAUCAAUUUUUAUGACUUUAUGCAGUUGUAUAGGGAUUAUGCCCUUUUAUAAUACACAGUCUAUCACAAAGAUCACAGAUGUUGAGGGGAAAAAAAGCACUUCUUUGCUUUAGCAAUCACUUUCAGAUCGCCUUCUGUGUGUUUGAAUUCUCUAGUAUCAAUACAUAUUGUAGGGUUUUAGAGAUAUGGGGGCCAAAUAAUGAAUGACCCUCAAAACUUCCCAGAAAGUGAAGCUCAGAGUUACACAUUCAUUUAUCAGGUAUGGAUUACUCACCUCUCCAUACACCAACAUUGUAAAGGAAUUUGUAUUAAUUUCUAUUUCAGAUCUAGAGUCUGCAUUUUGUCCUUGUUUCCAACUGCUUUCUUUUGUAUUCUUUGAUCAGAGAAAUCUCAUAUUUCAGUGUAUUUAUUGCUGUUAUUACUAUAUUUACUGCUGAAAACUGUAACAGUCUGAAGAUUUGUAAAAUGUUCAACAUAGUUCAUUAAAGAUAAUAAAAUAAAUUUAAAAGCAUA